GGCCGUGAAAUCCACGUGAUUAGCCUUCACUCUUACGAAGACUAACACCCACUUCACUAGGUUUACGACCACAAAAUAUUGGCUUUCAGGAUAAAAUUUGAAAAAGAAUAGAGUUGGAAUUGUCUAUCCAGUUCAUUUUCAAAACACCCAUCACUCAGCCAUCCUCCACAUCUGGCAAACGGGCUACUCUCACCACGAGUGAAAGCACCUCACCAUCAGGGGCCUCCUCCUAUAUACCAAGCAGAACCCCUUACUCCCCCUCACAAACCACCACUUACCCACCUGCCCUCCCCCAGGUCGGUCAGCCAACUAGCCCACCAUGAUGCGCAGAACCCCCACAGUCCUAGCCAUCACCUCAGAGGACGUAGCAGACUACGACGACCGCCGCACGGCCGAGCUCCGCGACUUCGAGGCCGCGGCCCUGAGCCGGGCACGCGAGGAAGCAGACGCCCGCGCCCAGGGCAUCCAGGGGGCCUGGACGUACGCCGACAGCUCCGACGACGACGUUGACGAAGAAGAAGAAGAGGAGGAGGAGGAGGAGGACAGGGGCCCGGGCAGGGAUCGCGCGCACAUGGACAUCGACGACCACCCCCGCGCCCAGCGCCAGCGCCGCGAACGCGAACAGCCCAGCCCGACGGGCGCGUACGUCGCCGCCACCGCCGCCGCCCGCCACCAGGCCCGCGGCGGCGGCGGCCGGGGCGCACGCUCUGGUGCAGCAGCGCUGGCACAGGCGCAGAGAGCCACCACCAACCGGGUCCAGGAGAACGUCCCCCGACCCGGCCACGGCGCCGGGGAAGGGGCCGCCGCCGGACGGCUGGGUAAUCCGGCGCCGCAGACGCAGACACAGCAGACACAGCAGCAGCAGCAGGCCGUGGUGACGCCCGAGACACGCGCCGCCACGCGGUCGCGGGAGGAGCGCAUUGGCGUUGCGCCUGAGCGGCGACGGCGUUGA